ACGUGACAGGCAGCGGCCGGGGGCUCCAUCCCACACAGAGGACGGGGGCCCUGCGGCCCGUCACCCCCAUCCCAGCUGGCUGAAGCCUCCAGGGACCAGAGCAGGUGUGGGCCAGGAGACCUCUCCUGCCCCCCAGGAUGGACCCCUUCGCGGACACGCUGAGGCGGCUGCGGGAGGCGUUCAGCGCGGGGCGGACGCGGCCGGCCGAGUUCCGGGCGGCGCAGCUCAGGGGCCUGGGCCGCUUCCUGCAGGAACACAAGCAGCUUCUGCAGGAGGCGCUGGCGCAGGACCUGCACAAGCAGGAACAUAGCCAGCCUGCACCCGCCUCAGGGCCUUUGCACAUGCUGUGCCCUUUGCCUGGAAGAUUCUGCCUCCAGUCAGCCUUCGAGUCGGAAGUGUCUGAGAUCAGCAUCAGCCAGAGUGAGAUCAACUUGGCCCUCAGGAAUCUGAGGGCCUGGAUGAAGGAUGAGAAAGUGCCCAAGAAUCUGGCCACGCAGCUGGACUCGGCCUUCAUCCGGAAGGAGCCCUUCGGCCUGGUGCUUGUCAUCGCCCCCUGGAACUACCCUGUGAACCUGACCCUCGUGCCCCUGGUGGGCGCCCUUGCCGCAGGGAACUGCGUGGUGCUGAAGCCAUCGGAGUUCAGCAGGAGCACCGAGAAGGUCCUGGCUGAGGUGCUGCCCCGAUACCUGGACCAGAGCUGCUUUGCCGUGGUGCUGGGCGGGCCCCAGGAGACGGGGCAGUUGCUGGAGCACAAGUUCGACUACAUCUUCUUCACAGGGAGCCCUCGGGUGGGCAGGAUCGUCAUGUCUGCGGCCGCCAAGCACCUGACGCCCGUCACGCUGGAGCUGGGGGGCAAGAACCCCUGCUACGUGGACGACGACUGUGACCCCCAGACCGUGGCCAACCGCCUGGCCUGGUUCCGCUACUUCAACACCGGCCAGACCUGCGUGGCCCCCGACUACGUCCUGUGCAGCCCUGACACGCAGGAGCGGCUGCUGCCCGCCCUGCGGAGCGCCAUCACCCGCUUCUACGGCGAGGACCCCCGGAGCUCCCCGAACCUGGGCCGCAUCAUCAGCGACAAGCACUUCCAGCGGCUCCGAGGCCUGCUGGGCUGUGGCCACGUGGCCAUUGGCGGCCAGAGCGACGAGAGCGAGCGCUACAUCGCCCCCACCGUGCUGGUGGACGUGGAGGAGACGGAACCCGUGAUGCAGGAGGAGAUCUUCGGACCCAUCCUGCCCAUCGUGAACGUGAGGAGCCUGGACGAGGCCAUCGACUUCAUCAACCGUCGGGAGAAGCCCCUGGCCCUGUACGCCUUCUCCAACAACAAACAGCUUUCUUUCCAGCCUCAAGAUCCAAGCUAGGGCCCCACGUUGCAUUCAGCUGUCAUGGCUCUUCUGGCCUGUGACCAUCUCUCAGCUUGAGAGCUACUGGCAAGGUCUCCGGCACACCGUCCCCACUUUCAGCGGUCUGUGGUAUUGCCCAUGAGAGAAUUACCACGGAAGCAAGCGCUGGCCUCUGCCGUCCUAUCAGGGAUCCGCAGGAUCCACACUUCGCGGGUGAGGUUAACCUUCACCACUUGGCCGAGGUCUUGUCCGCCAGGGGUCUCCACCAAGAGAACUUCCUCUUUGGGAACGGUCACUAGCCCCCCUUCCACGGGAGGGGGGUGAUUCAGCUCCACCUGCUGGAGGGGAAUCUGUGCACAGAUCACCUGGAAUCUGCCAGAAAGGUUUCGCUCUGGAAUCACUUCUUUGUAUCAGCGUGGACUUGCUCGUAUCCACUUUAUCCUCUGGGUUACAAGGCAACACCUGGCGUGUUUCCUCGCUCAAGCUGUCCUGCCCUGGGCAGUGGGCGCUGCUAUGUCCCUCAGACAUCCAGCCCUCCAUUCAUCGAGUCACCCUUCUGUCUUCGGACCAUUUCCUUCCUUUCAGGGUCUGCAAGGUGCUUUGGUUCAUCCUGUAUUUCCCUCGCCCAGCCCUAGAAUCAGCCAUUCCUCGAAGGAGCCUUGCUUUACCUGGAUGGGAUUAACUUUAGUGGGGCGCCUGGGUGGCUCAGUCAGUGAAGCAUCCAACUUUGGCUCAGGUCAUAAUCUCACGGUUCAUGAGUUCGAGCCCCGCAUCGGGGGAGCUCAAGCCCCGCUCUGGGGCUCCAAACUCCCUCUGCACCUCGUGGGAUUCUGUCUCUCUGCCCCUGGCUCACUCGCACGUGCUCACUCUCAAUAAAUAAAAUAAGGUAAAACAUAAAAUUAAAAGACUGAACUUUAGAAAAUGCAAUCCGGGUUUUCUGGAAGGGGGUUGUCUGGCAGAGUGACUUUCAAGCUCUUCUGAAGGCCCAGCACUGCCUGGGAGACAGAGAAUCACACCUAUGAGGCUUGGCUGCCCCUGUGACUUGCCCCUACUUCCCGAGAAGCACCGUGACACUCCUGUCCCAUCUUCUGUCACGACUGCUGCUGGCCUCCACGUGAUUCCUGAGCCCCUGAUGGGGGGGGUUCACUCUACCCACCGUCCAGACAAGCCAUUAGCUCAGGAUCACGUGUUGAAACGAAAUACAGCCAAGUUUUCGGCAACGA